UGGCCCCCGAAAGCCCGCGUGGUGAACGCGAGUCCUAUCUAUUGCUACAGAAGCCCCCGGUGGUUGAGUAAGCUGCAAUGCAAGCAACGGUCUCGGAGGGCAACGGUCAGGGACCCAACAGCAGCAGUACCGGCACCGGCACCAACCACUGCACGUCGCCGAAACUUCCGCCACCCGGCUCGUGGGCCUCGCUCAAGAACAACGUGCUAAGAUGGCGCGGCUCGCGGAAACUGGUGCUCGUCAUCGUCGCCAUCGCACUCCUGCUCGACAAUAUGCUGCUGACCGUCGUUGUGCCAAUCAUUCCCGAGUUUCUUUACGACAUCAGACACCCGGAUGCACCGUUGGCCAGCUUCCCGAAAACGCCACCGACCACUCUGUCACCGUGCGAGAAGGAAUCGACUACCCCGUACAAUGGAAUCGACAUCACCACCCAAGGUUACGACAAUGCCAGCUGGUACGCGGAACGGGAGGAACGGCAUAAGGAGCUGGUGGAGGAAACGGUCGAGGUUGGGCUUAUGUUUGCGUCGAAGGCGUUCGUUCAGCUGCUGGCCAACCCAAUCGUUGGACCGCUGACGCACAAAAUAGGUUACAGCAUUCCGAUGUUUGCCGGGUUCGUCAUUAUGUUUAUAUCCACUUUGAUCUUCGCAUUCGGAAGAACGUACUCGGUGCUGUUUUUGGCCAGAGCGUUGCAGGGGAUCGGUUCGUCCUGUUCGUCGGUGUCCGGCAUGGGUAUGCUAGCGGACCGAUACACGGACGACAAGGAGCGUGGUAACGCGAUGGGUAUCGCACUCGGUGGCCUGGCCCUGGGCGUUCUGAUCGGCCCCCCGUUCGGUGGCAUCAUGUACGAGUUUGUGGGCAAAUCGGCCCCCUUCCUCGUGCUGUCGGCGCUCGCCCUCGGCGAUGGACUGUUGCAGCUGAUCAUGCUGCAGCCCUCGGUCGUGAUCGAAGAGUCGGACCCGCCGUCCUUAAAAGCGCUGGUGACCGAUCCGUACAUCAUCAUCGCGGCCGGAGCCAUCACCUUCGCCAAUAUGGGCAUCGCGAUGCUGGAACCCUCGCUGCCGAUCUGGAUGAUGGACAACAUGGGCGCGAGCCGGUGGGAACAGGGCGUCACCUUUCUGCCCGCCUCCAUUAGCUAUCUGAUCGGGACGAACCUGUUCGGGCCGCUGGGUCACCGGAUCGGGCGCUGGCUUGCCGCGCUGCUCGGACUGGUCAUCAUCGGUCUCUGCUUGCUCUGCAUUCCGAUGGCCACUUCAAUCAACCACCUGAUCCUGCCGAAUGCUGGCCUUGGCUUCGCCAUCGGCAUGGUGGACUCGUGCAUGAUGCCCGAGCUCGGUUACCUGGUGGACAUUCGCCACUCGGCCGUGUACGGUAGUGUGUACGCCAUCGGCGACGUUGCGUUCUGCCUAGGCUUUGCGAUUGGGCCCGCUCUAAGCGGCACCUUGGUAAACACCAUCGGUUUCGAGUGGAUGCUGGUGGGUAUUUCGAUCCUCUGCUUCGCCUACGCCCCACUGCUGACGUUCCUCCGGGCGCCACCGACCAAGGAGGAAAAGAAGGUAAGCAACGGCAUCGACAACGGUGGGUUAACCCUCGAAAACGGACACUCCACGGCAACGACGACGACGAAUGGGGGCCAGGCGGUGGCCAGCGUGACCGCUCAACCCACCGUGAACGGAAAAUCGGUAAACGGAAACGGUACAACGAUUGAGUCGAGCCAAGAGACAAGUGUGCCCAACCCUACAGCAGGCGAACAUUGUGUGACAAAACUGUAACAACUUUCUGGCCGAACGAUCGACUCAAAAUCGGAAACAUUUUACUCAGAGCCUCUCUCUCUCUUUCUGGUCCGGCUGCGGACAAUCGAUUUUGUGUGCAUUUAGAGUUAAAAGUCCGUAAAUGCCGACAGUUUGUGUGUGCCAAUGUCCACUCCACUAAGCGAAAGCAAUCCACUAAGUAUACAGCAUUGCCAGGUUUAGGAUCGGAUUGUGGUGUUUGAGAUGUAAUGUUUUUAGUUUACGCUUAUUU